GACAACACAGUGGAACUCUACUAGUGACAGUACAAUGCAGUUCCACUGUGCUAAGGACCCCACAACACAGUGCCACUGCAAUAAGGACGUCACAAGGAAGCAUUGUAGUUUUCACCCACUUCACCUGGAUGGAGAACAUGAAAUAUAUUCGUUGAGAGUGUCCACAGUUUUGGAUUUUGGAUGAGGAGGAUUUUGGCAGCAAUGUACCUCCGUAGAGCUUCCCAGCCAGGCCUCCUCAAUCUUUGCGUUUCCAGGUACCGAAGUUACUUUAAGUAAGUAUAACUCUGAGGAAAAAUGGAAAUUGAAUAGUCAUUAAUUUUUUCUUGAGUUACCAUACGUAUCUUGGUCCAGAAUUUUUGGAUUCAGGCGCAUGCCCACCGCAUGUGGCACAUGGAAACCACAGACCCAUGGGCAAGGAUGAUGGCAACUGCAUUGGACCAAUGCAUUGGCAACAUCUAGUGGACCAAAGUUGCCAACUGCUCCUUUAUUCGGACCCAUCAUCCCCAUAAAAGAAAGAACCCCAGCAACCUGUGGCACUUUUCUUCCACCCAAAUUCAAUUCUUUUUCCAUUUCCGGAGGCCGCUGGGAAUCGCCAGCUGGAUACGCGUUUGAUCAAUAAGAGAACCGAUAAGAAACAAGGUCUUUGAAAGGAAUGAAACCAAAAUAAAACCAAGUCGACUCGAUGUAGAAGUCGAGGGCAAGUUUUGGAGCCAAAACUAUGGGUUUUGAUAUGAUUGAUGGAGCAUAUUGACCGUCAGAUAACUAGGCAAGGCCAGAGACUGAGCCUUAUCUGGCCUUGGCUUAUCUCCCUCCUCUUGGCUUUGCAUCAAACCCAACUUUUGGUAUAAAAGGACCAGGUUGACGCUGGACAAACCUAACCCAACCAUUGGUCGCCAUGUUCACGCUCCUCUUUGUGGCUUUGUUCCUGGGCUACGCCCACGGAUGUGGCAAACCGGCCUAUUUGCCCAACGUUUCCCGGGUCGUCGGUGGCGAAGAUGCCAAACCUCACAGCUGGCCUUGGCAGGUCUCUCUCCAAUACGACAAGAACGGCGCAUGGGCCCACACUUGUGGCGGGACUCUCAUUGACUCAAACUGGGUUUUGACGGCCGCGCAUUGCAUCAGCUCAAGCCGGACGUACCGCGUCCUUCUGGGCAAACAGAACCUGGUUGAGGAAGAGGCCGGUUCGGUGGCCGUCGCGGUGGAAAAGACCAUCGUCCACGAGAAAUGGAACUCCUUCUUGGUCAUCAACGACAUUGCCCUCCUCAAACUGGCGGAGCAUGUCCAGUUCACGGACACAAUCCAACCGUCUUGUCUCCCAGCCGAGGGCUCCUUGCUGGCCCAGGAUUACCCUUGCUUUAUCACUGGAUGGGGACGACUCUGGACCAACGGGCCGAUCUCUGACAACCUCCAGCAGGCCUUACUCCCCGUUGUGGAUCACCAAACAUGCAGCAAGCAGGACUGGUGGGGAUCCAUGGUGCGGACGACAAUGGUGUGCGCCGGAGGUGACGGCGUCGUUUCCGGAUGCAACGGAGAUUCAGGAGGUCCCCUGAACUGUGAGAGCGGCAACACUUGGGAAGUCCAUGGCAUCGUGAGCUUUGGAUCUGGUCUGGGCUGCAACACCGCCAAGAAGCCAACCGUCUUCACCCGCGUUUCCGCUUACAUCCAAUGGAUCACAGAGAAAAUCAACCAGAACUGAGCCGCCUGCCGUGGUGACGCCGCAAAUCCAUUCGGACAAAACCUCAAUAAACAUUUCAACGCAACGC